UCGCACCCAGCCCCCAUUUUUUUCCCGAGACUUGAAGUUUGUGUUUGAAAAACCUUGAAACGUUUGGGCAUCAAUUUACAGUCGAGGGAGAGAGAGGGAGAGAGAGCGAGAGCGAGAGAGGGUGGGGGAGGAAACCAUUUGGUCUCCUAACUUUUUCCAGACGUAGCCUACUUCGCCAGCUAACUGGCUAACAUUAGUUCGUGAUAGAUAGGCGAAUAUGUGCAUCUUGAAUAAAUGAGCAUAACAUUAAAUGAACAAGAAAUUAACGGCAGCAGCAAAAUCAAGAUGGGACCUUCCCUGGCGGGUUUCUGAGUAGCGCCCCGCCCCCACAGCGCUGUCCACGGUCUUCCUCCCUCCGUCCCCGUUUGGCUGCAGGAUGGCCGACCCCUUCUGGCCGGCCCAGGAUGCAGCGGGGCCGGGCGCGGCCGAGGCGGACGCCUGUGAGCUGGAGAUCGAGAGGAAGUACGAGGUCAUCCCCGCCAUCAUCUGCUCCAUGUGCUGCCUGUUCGGGAUCAUCUACUGCUUCUUCGGGUACCGCUGCUUCAAGGCGGUGAUGUUCCUGUCGGGCCUGAUGUUCGGCUCGGUCAUCAUCUUCCUGCUGUGCCACAAGGAGCGGGUGUUGGACACGCAGCUGAGCGUGGAGGCCAGCGCGGGCAUCGGGCUGGGCGUGGGCGUCCUGUGCGGCCUGGUGACCAUGCUGGUGCGCAGCGUGGGCCUGUUCAUGACCGGCCUGCUCCUGGGGCUGCUGCUCGCCCUCGCCGCCCUGCUGGUGGCCGCCAACUUCUACAGCGCGGGCUCGGUGUGGGUGCCGCUGGGCACGCUGCUGGCCGCGGGCAUGCUGGGCGCCGUGCUGACGCUGCAGUGGCAGCGCCUCUUCACCGUGCUGUCCACCGCCGUGUUCGGCGCCGCCAUCAUGACGGUGUGCGCCGACUACUUCGUGGAGAUGCUGGCGCUGGGGGCGUACGUGUACGACUGCCUGCGGCUCCGGCCGGCGCCGCCGCUGUGCUGGUACAGCUGGGUGAUCCUGGGCAUCUGGCCCGCGCUCAGCCUGAUGGGCGUGCUGGUGCAGUGGAAGCUCACGGCCGAGGGGUUCUCCCACACCGAGGUCAUCAUUAACCGGAGGCAGAAGCGUGUGCAGUUGAUGCGGAUCCGUCAGAAGGACGUGCGGAAGAGGCAGCAGGGCGCGGGGCAGGAGGGCUCGUACCGCCGCAAGCCCCUGCCCGUCAAACGCUACGCCGGAGACCUGCUGGCCCCGAGCUACCUGCAGAGCCUGCGGGACCGGCAGACGGGCACGGGGACCUCUCUCAGCAGCCUGGGCUCCCCCAGCCACACCACGAUCGACUUCGACUACGACACCGGCUCCACCGUCCCGCUCACCGCCUCCGCCAACCCCGUCGUCAGGGUCUGAGGGGGGAGCCUCUGUCUGAGCCCCGCCGUCUCCAGGGGCCCGGGGACGGGGCCACAGGUCCAGUCCUCCGGAGCCCGACCAGCUUGUGUGUUUGACGGGACAGAGGGCCGGCCCGUUUCCUCACGUCUGACCCCCCCGUGCUGGAGAAGCCCUCUGCCAGGCCGGCCCGCCACCGCACAGCCCCUGUUCAGCCCUAUCCCAUCAUGCACCUGCCCCGUGGGCAGCAGGCAUGUGUGUGAAACUGAUUGGCUGACUGUGCGGUGGAGAGCUGCAGAGCUAUUAUCACAGUGUGAAUGAUAAGGCGGGAGAUUAGUCCACAGUUAUCAGGAUCCGUCUCAGUGUAAAUGAUCCGGUCAGAUCACAGUGCGCUGGGAUCAGAACAAGAGGCCCUAGGCUCAUUUAGCUCCUGGGACAGUGAGAAAGUCAGGCCGUUGAAUCGCACAAGUCAGAGUCCAGCGGUGUUGGACUUCCUUUCUUUUCUUUUUUUUUUUCCUUUUUUUUUAUACAACUUUCAUGUUUUUCCUCUUCGUAGCUAAAUAUUCGUCUCUGUAAUCGUAGAUGGAACAUCGGUGCUUCCAGUCUGGGGUGAAUGCAAACAGGACGUGCCUUUUGACCUGGAGAACUCUUUGACUGAUUUAAGAGCUCAAACCAGUCCCUCCCUGCGUUCUGUUCCAGGGAUAUGCAAAUGGGGAAGGGUCCAAACUGACUGUGAACCGGUCCCUUGGCCUUGAGUAAACCUGAUUGGUAACGCAAACAAACUCACUGGAGAACUUUAGUGCUUCGCGUGGGUCCAGUUGGCCCACGUUAGUAACACUUCUGAUAAUGAACCGAGGAACUCAAAAAUGUUCAUGCCUCUGAAGUUUACAAAGAGUACCGCCACGGACAUGCGUGCCCCAGAAUACUCACAUUUAACUUUUUAUUUGGAAAAAUUGGUGCCUUUUUUAUGACAAACGUGGCAGUUACAAGUUAUUAAUGCACUGCCAUUCCUCUUCAUAAGGACAAACUUGCAUAUUUUGUGCAGUUCACCGGUUUUAACAUUGGAACGAAUGUGAAAUAUUUUCAUGUACAUAUAAUGAAUACUAAUUUCAAGUUGGAAAAAUAAAUGUUCCCUUGUUUUUAUGGGAAAGCUCA